AUGGUUUUCACAUAUGAUGUUGUGUCUGAUGAAAAGGAUUUGUAUUACAUGUUUAAACUUCUCAAUAGUUCUGCUGCGAUGAGAAUAAUCUUAAAUUCAGACGGAGAUCUAAAAAUUCUUACCUGGACUAACAAUAUGCAAGGUUGGGAUAACACUGUGACUCUACCAACAGAUAAAUGCGACGACUUUGCUUUAUGUGGGGCAUAUGGUAUUUGUAACAUUACUGAGAAAACUUACGGACGUGACAUCUGUGGGUGUUUGGAUGGGUUUGAGCCAAAAUUUUCAGAAAAAUGGAGGUUAGCUGAUCAUUCUGAUGGUUGUGUUCGCAUAUCUAAGUUGUUGUGUGGGAAUGAAGAUAGUUUUCAGAGUUACUCCAAUCUCAAAUUUCCAUACACUCAAAAUUCAUGGUUUGAUCGAAGUCUGACCCUAGAGGAAUGUGCAGCUAAGUGCUUGAAGAACUGUUCAUGCACAGCAUAUGGAAAUAUUGAUGUAAAAGAAGGUGGAAGUGGAUGCUUAUUGUGGUUCGGUGACCUGCUUGAUAUUAGAGAAUAUCUGGGAAAUGUUCAAGAUCUUUAUGUAAGAAGGGCUGCUGGAGAAUUAGGAAGAAGUACAAUUAGAAGAGCAAAGAAGCCGCUGUGGAUUAUUAUCAUUGCUGUAUUAGUUGUAGUAACAGUAUUCCUAAGCCUGUUUAUAUCAACUGUGUAUCGAAAACGAACUCUAAGAAAAAAAGUAUUAGAGUGUCCUUUUGUUCCCCAUUUCUCAGGAAAAUUUGGAUUUGACGUACAAGGUGAAUCAACACAUAAUAGUGAGAAGAAAGGUCUGGAAUUACCAUUGUUUGACUUGGUAACAAUUGCUGAAGCAACCAACGAUUUCUCGGAAAACAAUAAGCUUGGAGAAGGCGGCUUUGGACCUGUUUACAUGAUUACUAAUUUGACAGACAAGGAACGAAGCAGAUCUCUGGAUUGGCCAAAGCGCUACAACAUUAUAUAUGGGAUAGCUAAGGGCCUUCUCUAUCUUCACCAAGACUCUAGGAUACGGAUCAUCCAUAGAGAUCUCAAAGCUGGGAAUAUACUACUAGACCAUGAGAUGAAUCAAAAAAUCUCAGACUUUGGCACCGCUAAGAGUUUCUGGGGAAGUGAAAGUGAAGCAAAUACAACAAGAGUUGUCGGAACAUUUGGCUACAUGUCUCCAGAGUAUGCACUAGAUGAAAUUUUCUCUUUUAAGUCUGAUGUUUAUAGCUUUGGGGUAUUAGUGCUAGAAAUUAUAAGUGGAAAGAGAAUGAAAGGUUUUUACCAACCGGAUCCCAGCCUUAAUCUUCUUGGCCAGGCACUUGGGCAAACCAAAACGUUCCUGGGUAACCUGGGUGUUGAAAAAGACAUUGUUAUUGAUGAUCCAUAUUAUGCUCAGCUUAUACUAUCAUAUAAGCAAGAAACCACUGGUCUUGUAAUUGGUACCGCCGAAGACCACACUGGUGUAAUCGGAAGUGAAAAAGCUGUUGGAUUAUAUAACUUGCACGUAGUUGCAAGAGGAAUCCAGGUUGUGAGCAGGCCUCAAAGAAAUAUACUACCGAAUGUGGCUGAUAGAUCCACUGAAGGGUGCUUUGAUUAUCUCUUUUAUGUUGAUUUUGAAGUCAAGGAAGAGUCAGAUGUAGAGUAUGUCGUCACAAAAUUUAAGGAUUUCGCUACAUCGGUUCGUAUACUUGGAUCAUAUCCAAUAAUAGAAGUCAACAAUGGUGCUCGAUGA